AUGUACAACCUGUAAGCUGGUUCUCUCAUGAAAGAGGACCAGAAAAUGGUGGAGGUAACGGACGAUGUCGUUUAUUCCAUUAUUCUGGUAUUGUCAGUGCCCUGUGGACUGUUAGUGAAACAAAUAUCAUACCCAGAGGCAAAAAAACUAGCCUGCACAUUGAUGGGGGUUGUAGUGGCGUUAAUCACUAUCGGUCGUCAUAGUUUACACCCUGUCGCUGUAACAUUGGUGAACAUUUUUAGAUAUAAAAAUUUUAUCAAAUUGAAAUGCCACAUAUAUGCAUUUGUAUGGUGCUUUGGGUAUCUUGCAUUCUUCAGAACAUGUCAUCAUUUUGGAAUACCACAAGUUUCACCACUAUCAAAUGCCGUGCAACUCUUUGUAACACUUCGGUUAGUUGGAUUGGCAUUUGAAAUUCAUGAUUCCUGCACAGAAGCGUGGAAUAAAGAUGUGACCUGCGCUGAGGAUAAAGCCUACUGGAGACAGUACAAGUCCAUCAAUCCAUCUGCUCUUGAUAUGUUCCAGUAUACAUUCUGCUAUAUUGGACAAUUUACUGGUCCCUACUAUAAGUACAGAACCUAUGCUGAUAUGGUGAACACUUCCAAUGUAGCCAGCAUUCCAUCUAUACAACCUGUGUUACACAGAAUAAAGGAUCUACCUCUUAUAGCAAUCACCUACCUUGUCUUUUCAAACUUUUUUAAUAUAAAGUAUGCAACAUCAAAUGAAUUCUAUGACAAUCCCUUUUGGUAUCGUUUGUUGUUUAUGAUGCCAAUGUUUAUUAUUUUCCGCACUCGUUUAUACAUGGCAUGGAUUCUGUCAGAGUGCAUGUGCAUGGCCAUUGGACUAGGAGCGUAUCCAAAAGCAAGUAAACCAAAAUGUGGGGAGGGACCAACAGAUUUGAAGGAGUACCACAAAAGUACCCUAUCAAAGGAUCCCAUAAAAUAUGACUAUGAAACAAUACACAACUUGUCUGUAUAUGGAUGUGAAUUAGGACGAACAACAAAAGUGGGCCUCCGAAGUUGGAAUAUGACAGUACAGUACUGGUUAGCUGCUUAUUGUCACCGCAGAAUCCCAAACUCACUCAAAGCUUAUCGAGUUGCGAUAACAAUGACAGUGAGUGCUUUUUGGCACGGGAUUCACCCUGGGUAUUACCUCAGCUUUCUGCUGGUACCAGUCAUACUACUGGCAGAAGACAAGAUGAGAGCAGCCUUCAGACAUGGAUCUCAAACAUGGAUCAAGUGCUUUGACUGGGCUUGCUGGUUUUUCAAAAUGCGUGGAUUUGAUUACAUGUGUAUGGGAUUUUUACUCCUUAGACUGGAUUAUACUUUGACUUACUGGAAGUCUAUUUACUUCAUUGGUCAUUGUGUAACAGUUCUUUUCUUAGUGACUGGAAUAUUAUGCAAAAGAAAAAGCAAAAGACAUAACAAGUUAGAAUGAGAAAAGAAGAAUAAAUAUUUUUUUCAUUUAUUAAAUGAAGUACAACUACUGUAGAUUGGCAAAUAAUCACGAAGGUUUUAAUUUCGCUAUGUUCGCGAUUUAUCAGUUUUCCGCGAAAUUAAACCCAUCGUGAAUUCUAUUACUAGUUCUUAGAAACGUUUAAAUGUUUAUACAAAAUUUGAAUUAAUUUCUUGCAGCGCGAAAUUAAAACCAUCGCAAUUGGUACUUUUUGAGAUAUCGUGAAAUUUUAACUACGUGGAAUUAAAACGACUUACAGUAUUAUUCUUUAAUAUGCCAUUUUGUCAUGAUUUGCAGUUUCAUAUUGUUUAUGUCUAUAAAAAUUCUUAAAAUCUCACUAAAAUCAGAAUACAGUCAAACUUUGUCAUUUCAAACAUGAUGGGAUUUAAAAACCUUCAAGAUAUCCAAUGAUUCAAGAUAACCAAGAUAAAAAUCUACAAGAGGCCCAAGGGCCUUAAAUUGUUCUUCUGAUAAAUUGUUCAACUUAUCACUUCUAUUCAAAGGCUCUAAGUAUCCUGUAUAUUAAGAUAACACCUUAAAAUUCAGUAAACAGGUCAUAAUGAGCUACAGUUUGUGUAAAACACUCUAAAACCAAAGAUGCAUCAACUAACAAAGUUUGAUGAUUAAAAGCCCUUUACUGUCUUAAGGACAGGAUACUAUCAAAAAAUGGAUGCCUGGAUUGGUAUAUAUCUUUUGACCUUAUCUCAUUGAAAAUGAUGCAAAUAAUAAAUUUCUAGAAUAUUAGGAAAUUGUAAGCUUUCUGAAACUAUCCUUUAUCUAUACAAAUGUUUUUCACUUCAAAUUCCGUUUUUGUGAAACUUUGAGUAAACAAUUAAAAACUACGAUGUGAAACUUAUUCAUUUUAUUCAUUAAAACAUUACCCAAGU